AUGUUACCUGUACAUGCCAAUGAUAGAGACUAUAAAACUGGUAGAAGACAUCGUGUCAAAGAAAAAUUCCAGUCAUGGUUUCGAGAGAAUCAACUCACGGUGAUAUUAGCUGACAAAACAUCUAGAAAUUUGUUUUGUUUUCUUAUGCUCAAUCUGUCAUUUGCAUUUGUGGAAUUAUUUUAUGGAAUCUGGACAAACAGCUUGGGACUCAUAUCAGAUUCCUUUCACAUGUUUUUUGAUUGCACUGCAUUGUUGGCAGGCUUAGCUGCAUCUGUGAUAACCAAAUGGCGUGCCAAUGACAGAUAUCCUUAUGGCUAUGUACGAGCAGAAGUUUUGGCUGGGUUCGUUAAUGGUCUUUUCCUCCUGUUCAUCGCAUUUUUCAUAUUUUCAGAAGCUGUGGAGCGAGCCAUUGAACCCCCAGAAGUAAAACAUGAAAGACUUUUUGUUGUUUCUGUGUUGGGCUUCUUAGUUAAUUUAGUUGGCAUUUUUGCAUUUCAACAUGGGCAUGGUCAUUCGCACGAUGGAGGUGAUCAUGGACAUAGCCAUGGACAGUCACAUAAUCAUGAACACGGACAUGGGCAUGGACAUUCUCAUAAUUAUAGUAAAGAAGGCAAAGAAGAUGUUCAAGGAAAUGGAGGAAAUAGCCAAAUAAUGCAUGGUGUCUUCCUCCACAUUUUAGCGGAUACGUUGGGCAGUGUUGGUGUAAUUGUUUCAGCCGUUCUUAUGAACCAGUUUGGUUGGAUGAUUGCUGAUCCAAUUUGUUCCAUGUUUAUAUCAACUCUCAUUGGCUUUAGUGUCAUUCCAUUACUUAAAGAUUCCACUUGCAUACUAAUGCAGAGGACACCUAAAGCUCUUGAUAACGUACUUCCUGGUUGUUACCAAAGGGUUAUGCAGUUAGAUGGUGUAUAUAGUGUUCAAGAGCCUCGUUUCUGGACACUAUGUAGUAACGUAUACAUAGGUACUAUAAAAUUAGAAGUAGCACCAACUGCUGAUGCCAGAUAUCUUUUGAGCCAUACUCAUAAUAUUUUUACACAGGUUGGUGUGCGGCAGUUAUAUGUGCAAAUUGACUAUGCGCUAGUAUGAGAGACGGUUAGUGAUAGAUCUUACUUAAUACAUUUCUUACAUUUGUUCCUGAAACUGCAUUUUUUUUCAUGGAGUUUGUGGAGGAACUGAAAAUUAUCUGAAGACAGAGUCAUCAGACAAAAGUUGCUCAGAUCUUUACCAACCACCUAUUUUAGGUGAACAGCAACAAAAUGGAAACUUUUUUUAAUACUAGUCUUAAAUUUUAGCUCUUAAGACUUGAUUUGUCCUUUAAAAUGGGUGUUUGUAAGCAUUGCC